AUGGCCGUAUCGUCGUGGUCUAUCAUAGCGUACAUCUGUCUGACGUCGGUGGCGAUCUGUUACUCGACCGCGGCGUUGUCGUCACCGCCGCGACCGCCGCCACCACCGAGAGUGCGCGUCGAGUCCGGCGAACUUUCCGGUGGCGUGGAACACACGGCCAUCGCCGGCCGACCACUAUACGCUUUCCUGGGCAUACCUUACGCAAGUCCGCCCGUCUACAAGAACCGUUUCAAGGAACCACAACCAGUAAAACCAUGGGUGGGUGUAUGGAACGCGACCAUUGCCGGGAGUGAUUGCAUAGGUCUAAACCACGCAAAUUUCAGGGUAGUUGGAAGUGAAGAUUGUCUAUACCUCAAUGUGUAUACUCCAAAACUACCCCAAGAAGGGCUGAUAUCCGGCGGCCUGAUGAACGUGAUCGUGUACAUCCACGGCGGCGCGUUCCAGUUCGGAGCGGGCAUCGGUUACGGGCCGCACUACCUUUUGGACAGCGAAGAUUUCGUGUACGUGUCGAUCAAUUACCGGCUGGGGCCUUUGGGAUUCGCAAGCACCGGUGACGACGUAUUGCCAGGAAACAACGGCCUCAAGGAUCAGGUGGCGGCCCUCAAGUGGGUCCAGCGCAACAUCGCCGCGUUCGGCGGCAACCCUGGUUCGGUGACUAUCGCCGGAAUGUCGGCAGGAGGGGCUAGUGUCCAUUACCACUCCCUGUCACCCAUGUCAGUGGGUUUAUUUAAUCGAGGAAUUGCUGAAAGUGGAAGUGCUUUUUGUGGCUGGGCUUACACAGAAAACACUAUUCAAAAGACUAAGGAAUUAGCUGAGUCACUGGGAUGUCCUACAUACUACUCGAAGGACACCGUCAAAUGUCUUAGAUCAAGACCAGCAUUAGCCAUUGCAAACUCUUUGAAAAAUUUCUUACCGUGGAAGUACAAUCCUUUUUCACCAUUUGGUCCUACUAUCGAAACAGGCGGAACAGAACGGUUUUUAACGGACUUGCCAGAGAACUUACCGGCUCAAAAUGUCCCACUGUUGUUCAGCUUUACUGAAGACGAUGGCCUCUAUCCAGCAGCUGAAUUUGUAUCACUUGAAGAAACUCUGGUUGACAUGGAAUCCAACUGGAACGAAAUACUACCAUUCAUACUUGACUACAAUUACACAAUUUCAGAUGAAUCAUUGAGACCGGAAAUCGCACAGAAAAUAAAAACAUUUUACUUUGGAAACAACACAGUGUCUGUAAACACUAAAAAUGAAGUCGUCGAAAUGCUUACAGACAGGUUGUUCAAAGAACCGGUAGCUAGAGCAGCCCGGCAUUUGGCUUCAAUAAAUACAUCGCCGGUAUACUUUUAUGAAUUUGGUUAUAGGGGUAAAUACUCCCUUUCAGACAAAUAUUCUAAAAGUGGAUCCUCUCAAGGAAUGGGAGUAUCACACGGUGACGACACAAUGUACGUUAUAAAAACCCAAUAUGGAGAUCCACACGACAACGUCGAAGACUCCAAGUUAAUUCCAGUCAUGGUGAACAUGUGGUCGUCAUUUGCCAAAACAGGAGUUCCGGACGUAGGAAACUCUGUAGUAUGGUCACCAGUGUCAACAAACCCUUCAGAUCCACUAAAAUUGAUUAAGAUCACACAGAAUCAAACAUUCGAACAGCAAGAAUACUCAAAUCCCGGCAACUAUAAUUUCUGGAGCACGUUGCCGCUAACUGAGUUUCCCGCACCAAUUAAUCCGUCAGAAACUAUAAACCACAACGAAUUAUAA